AUGGCACAGUAUCAACACUAUAUUCCUCAGUUUCUCCUGCGCAACUUUUCUCAUCCAUACAACCCGCCAAAGAAAGAGGGCUCCAAGAAAAGGGGCAGUUUUCGCGCUGAGAAAGGCAAGCGCAGAGGCGAAAAGGUGCUCAAUGUCGUGGAUCUGACCUCCGAUGAGCCGCAGUUGCUCGAGUCACCAGUACCUCGUUGGUUCGGCCAGGAGGACAUGUACAAGGAUGUCGCCGAUCUCAUCGAAAGCAAGAAGGAUGUGGAACAAGAACUUUCUAAACUCGAAUCUCGGACAGCCGUCAUACUCCAGAAGGUUAAGAAGGCCCACGAAGACAGUGAAGCCAAGAUAUGGCUUACACGGGUGGAGAGAAAUAUACUCCGAAAGUUUCUCUUCAUCAUGAAGUAUCGAGGGCCGGGCUUCUUCGAAAAGUACUCUUCUAAGGACCUGAAAACGUAUGAAUCGGAGGACAAACACCUUCUCAGGGACUACAUGGCCGCUAAAGGAAUGACACGCCCCAGGGACGUUUGGCUGCACAAUCUCCGCACUAUCCUAGAUCUCGAUAUGGAUGCCGAGGGAAACUGGAUUACCAAGCUCCCAGAACUCAUGUUUCCUGCAGACGCGGGGAUGUUUAUAUUUCAGACCCAAGCAUCCUACAUGGCAUUCUGCACACCCGCUGAGAUACACGACGAGUUCAUCCUCACAGAUCAAUGCUACAACCUGUUCGAGGGGCCGACCAAUGACACCUUCUGUGCCAGAACGGGCAAGUACCUAGGAAAUACAUACAUGUGCUAUCACGAUUUUGGACCUGUAUCACCUAAACUUAUCAUCGUCCUCCGCAGUUGGGUAUUGCCUGAGCCGCUAGAGGAUAUGAACCCCGAGUAUCAGACAAUACGCCAACGGAUACACAAUGCAGCUGUGGCGCAGUUUCCGAACCCAGAUAAUAUCAACUUCAUCCUUUCCGAUCUGCCAGUAGCGAAAGCCGAUAACUCUUAUACACAUGUCGUCAAUGGCAGACGAGAACUCGCACUAGGCGCGUCGGGAAUACCUCGGCACAAGUUCAAGCAUCAGUUCACCCAAGCUGCAAAGGAGGAAUUUGAAGCUCUGAAGAGAAAAGGUACAUUUGAGUUUGUUCCAAAACCUCAAGAUAAGCAGAUUUUACCACUGACAUGGGUGUUCAAAUACAAAUUUGAUAAAUAUGGCAAGCUUACGACGUUCAAAGCACGUAUUUGUGUACGUGGUGAUCUACAACAACCAAAUGACCUUGAAAAACGAGCAGCUACACUUGCAGCACGAAACUUCAGAAUGAUGAUGGCUAUUGCAGCUAUCUUCGAUCUUGAGAUCGUUCAAUAUGAUGCCAUGAAUGCCUUCGUGAAUAGUAUCCUUGAUGAAGAAGUUUACACAUACUUUCCGGACGGAUUCAAGCAAGAUGGGCAGGUAAUAAAGUUACGACGAGCUCUAUAUGGUUUGAGAAGAAGCCCACGGUUAUGGCAGAAAGAACUUACAGCGACCCUUCUAAACCUAGGAUUCACGCAGAUUCCAGACGAAGAAUGUUUAUUCAUCAAGAAUGGUGUUGUUCUAUUGUUCUAUGUUGAUGACAUUCUGCUAUUUUACGACAAGGCCACAAAGCAAGCUACUUUUAAGGAAAUCGAGAAAGGCCUUAUGAGAAAGUAUGAGCUUCGAAAAAUGAAGAAAUUUGAGUGGUUUCUCAACAUUAGGAUCACUCGCGACUGUGCUCAGAGAAAGAUUUGGCUCUGCCAGGACAGCCAGAUCACCAAGAUGGCUAGUAAAUUUGGAAUCAACGCCACGAACAAUGUCAAGACACCCAUAUCUGGCAAUAUUGAAGCUUCAACCGAACAAGCAACCAAUGAAGAGAUUCACGCAUAUCAAGAACUUGUGGAAUCAGCUCUUUAUGUUGCUGUAAUGACUAGGGUUGAUGUGGCCAAAGCUGUCAACGAGCUAGCUAAGCACACCAAGAAUCCUUCAAAGGCUCACUUUCUGCAGAUCCGACGUGUCAUCCAAUAUCUCUAUAACACCCGCUCGUUAGCAAUUGAAUAUUCACCACCAGAGAAUGCCAAUAUGGACGCUUUCGUAUGCGCCUCAGAUGCCUCAUUUGGUGACAACCCUGACCGUACAAGCUCUGAAGGAUAUUUAGUCCAAUUGUAUGGAGGCCCAAUUGACUGGAGAGCCACGAAGCAGCGCUUAGUUACGACAUCAACGACUGAAGCUGAGCUCCGUGCAGCUACUGAAGCAGCCAAAAGACUUCAAGUUUGGAAGCGAGUCUUCAGGUCUAUUGGAUUCAAGCCUGAUAGAGAACUCUCAAUCCAAUGUGACAAUAAAUAA